AUGGCCUCAACCUUUUCUAAACAUAUCAUGUUCUUCCUUUUAGCUGCCUUUGCCACUUCUUGGUUAGUCCAAGCAAGCGAUCCGGAUAUCUUAUCAGACUUUAUAGCACCACAAAACCAAACUUUUGACGGAACGUUUUUUACCUUCACUGGAUUUCGCGGAAUUUUUAACGUUCCUGAUCCAGCCACCUUCAAGGUAACAAAAGCAAGUAUGGCUGAAUUUCCUGCUCUGAAUGGCCAGAGUGUAUCCUAUGCUGUUCUGCAAUAUCCUGCAGGUGGUGUUAACCCACCUCACACGCACCCUCGAGCUGCUGAGCUUCUAUUUGUUGUUCUUGGAAGCCUUGAGGUUGGAUUUAUUGACACCACCAACAAACUCUACACUCAAACUCUACAACUUGGUGACAUUUUUGUGUUUCCUAAAGGAUUAGUUCACUAUCAGUACAAUGCAGAUCCUAAGAACCCUGCAAUUGCUUUUUCUGCAUUUGGCAGCGCAAAUGCUGGAACUGUUUCGGUUCCUACCACUGUCUUUACUACUGGAAUUGAUGACCAAACACUUGCUCAGUCUUUCAAAACAGAUGUUCCUACCAUUCAGAAGAUCAAGGCAGGCCUUGCACCCAAGGCGUAG